UAUGCAUUCCCACACUACUAACGUAUCAGAAUUUGCUUGCAACCGAAAAUAUUGAAUAUCGAAAAGCAUAAUUAAAUGAAAACUUAACGAAAGAAGAAAAUUCGUAUAAAAAACUGUAGAAGAUUCAAUUGAUCGCAGGGGCUUUUGAUUUGCCGCAGACGUCAGUCGGCACCAGAAAUGAAAUUAUCAGUUUUGAAAAAGUAUUUGACAUGAAAAGAUGAAAAUAUGUGUGCCUCUAGUGCUGCUGAUGAUGCUCUGUCCGGGCGGCUGUCCAGUGUACGAUUUCGAUUUGCGCACCGUCGAGCAGCCUAGUCAAUUCGCGAACGGUCUAAAGCUUGCCGCCGACCUUAAUAGCGAGUUCAAUCAGGGCAUGAUGAAUUUUCAUGUGCUCAAUGACAAGGACCGAUUCGAUGUGGAGGACACGUGCAAGCUAGACGGUAUUUCAGACGAGCCUGUUGAAGGUCCAACAAGAAAACUGAAGUAUUUACGUAGAGCUGAGGAGGAAGAUAUAUCUAAUAUGGAAUUGAAUGAGUUUGUGGGAUCGAAUCUUUUUGAUAGUACACGUAAGAAUUGCUUUUCGCCGGAAGAUUUGAAUUUGCUGGCCGCACGCAGAGACUUUGAGUACUUGCUGCCGAAAGAUUUGCCGAAAUGUCUACUCAACGACGACAUGUUAAAUAUGCUGCUGAAUUACUUUUACAAUGGCAACGAGUUUAUACAAAGAAUGAACGAAGUUUCGAGAAAGGUGGUUGAGCGUGCUUAUUACGAUAUGUUGGGCGGUUACUUGCGCUCUUACAUGCUGCCAGUGGCUAAGUACUCCUUUUACGGCGGCAAGGUUAGUCUCAAGGUGGUCAGUAGUGUGGUAGAGCUGUAUCAGCAAUGCAAGUCCUUUCUGAACACGAACGGCAAUGGCUGGAAAAUGCCCAUUUUACUUGAGGAAAUGGAAAAUGUGCGUGUGGACUCGAUAAGGGGCUCGGACUGUGGUGCCGAUGGCAACGGUGCUGGUGGCGGACCGACCGGCUGUGCACGGCUCGAAAUGUUGCCGGCCAGUGAUGGCGAUGAAAAUGUUAUGCUCGUAUCUUUGCCAAAACUGGAGGCCGAUUGUGUUGAGAACGGUUUGAGUAAUAUAUGGUUGCCGUUUCGGAAGCGACGCAAUUAUGAUCUCAGAUCACAGAAAUCCGCUUAUAUCAUUUUACGAUUCUACGAAACGGUCACACGUUGUUAUCAAUCACAGUCAAUGCCACAAGAAGCUUUCAAUUGCAAAUUUAUAGCAUGGAUUAAUGAAAACUUAAAGCCACAUCUAUCCGACGAGGAGUUCUAUCCCGGUCUGGGUGGCGUACUACGGAUUGUUGAAAAAAUGAGAAAAGGUCGUAAGGCGCUGGAUAUGGACGAUGAUGAAGCGCUCAAUCAAGGCAUAGAGGAUCUGAGCGGUACGCGAAUGGGCGAUACUGGUGGAGUUGGCGAUAGUAAAAGCGACGAUGGCUUUUCUGACAUGGAGCUAGCACAAAAGGCCUUGGAAUACAAGAUGAAGGAGAGCGCCAGAAAAACAAUGAUCAAUAGUAAACACUGGUUUGAGAAGAGCGCCAAUGACAACAGACAACUGCAGAGCCGAAAGAUUUGCGAAAAGUCUAAAGGUCAACAAAGCCAACAUGUUCCGCAAAUACAUCAAAAUCAAACACAUAAAGGCAAGAAGCCAAAGUGUAAAACAAAGGGUGGAAAGCAUGGUGGCGCAGGGUCCCUAAUCAAGUUGACAUCGGAAGAACAAAAACACUAUCUCAAAUAUCUUUGUUGCAUUAUCGGACUUAUACUGCUCAUAUUACUGAUCAUACUGCUUGUCGCUAUGUUAUUGCGAUACCGCAAACGUAGGCGUAAGACUGAGCCAAAACCAAAGCCACCGAAAAAAAAGCGUAAAUGCCCUGCAUGGUGCAGCUUUUUACUAUGCAGAAAGAAACCACGCGAUGAAGAGAUCGUUAUUAAGCCCGAGACGAAAUCGGUUAUUGCGACACAACCACACCGACGCGCGUCCACUUCCACAUCGUCGCUGGCUUGUCAACCGGCUGCUAAAUGCAUUCCAUGCUCUAAGCGCGCCACCAAGGAAUCGGAAAGUGCACCCAUUAUCGAAACAACCUCACUCGAUUACUAUUCCUCGUCCGAGCCCGAAAGUAAAGUGCGUCAAAAAGCGAAAAAAGGCAAACAGAAAGUGGUCACAAUAGAUGAGAAGAAGAAGAAAAAAUCGGCAUCACCCUCACCAACGAAAACUAAGUCAUCACCGGCGAAAUCUAAAGCAGCACCACCGAAAUCGCGACUUGGUGGCGGUGCAGAGCUAAAAAGUUCAUCCAGUUCAGAUAGCACGAAGCGCUUGGGCAUACAACGUACCAUCCCCACAGACAAUAAGAAGAGUAGUAAUGAAGAGGACACGCCCUUAUUGCCGCAGCCGGAACGUCCAGCUUCCCGCGAUCACUCGAAAGGUUCACGCAGUUGGGAAACCAUGUACGACACAUAAAUCUCUGCUCAAUCAACUAGCAUCUACACUAUAGCGUAUUUAUUUCUCUAUUUACUUAUCGCAAGU